CUCGCCGCCAUCGCCACCCCCCCCCCCUUCCCUUUAGAUUACUACUCUGCGCUGGGGCGUCUCAGGCGUCGCCACCAUCGUCAAUAACAUCAGCUUUUGCGAAGGCUUGCUUAUCUCUCCUGUUGUAAUUGUGGUAGUUUGCCCUUCUCUCUACCUGAUUGAGUCUUCUUUGUCAGCCUCUGCCCUGAAGAGGAACGCACCACGUUCUAGGGCACCAGUUUGCGUCUUGUGUCCAUCUGCUGUUGUGUCGCGCUUUGUUUGCUUGUUCUUUGGAAAGGACUCUGGGUUUUGGACUUCGGUGGUUGACUUUGGCGGUGAAUUUAUACCUCGGUCGUAAUGGACGGUGACGUAAGGAAGGGCGUUGGAGGAGGUUUGGAGAGAGAGGAGAGGGAAGAGAGAGUGGAGCAAGGGAAUGAGGCUCUUCCCGAGAGGAAGAGACGGUUGCGAGAUGAGAACGAUGAGCGGCUGCGGGGAGACGAAAUGAGGCAGAAGGAGGGGGGCGUGGAGUACAGGAGCGAGUCCAGCCGGUGGGAGCACCGGCGAGGCCAUCACCGUGGCGGGAGCAGGAAUCGGGACUACCGGGAGCGUGGAAACCGGGACUCGAAAUCCGGCUACGACAGCCUAGCCAGCACGGACAAGAAAAAGAAGAGGAUAGAGGACAAGGAGAAGCAGCCGUGUACGAUUUUCGUGGGCGACCUAGAUCCUGACACCACGGCUGAGCAGCUCACAGAGUUGUUUAAGAAAUUCGGAAGCGUCGAAAAAUCGAAGAUAAAAGAAAACCAUUGCUAUGGGUUUGUGACGUUCGACAAGCGGGAGUCUGCGGAGGCUGCGAUUGCCGUCGGCCAAACGCCGGACGGUAUUGAGUUGCUGAAUGGCAAACAGGUGUAUGUGUCGUGGGCACUUGGAUCUCUGCCAGAGUGGAAAAAAGGAAUUGGCGGCUUUACUAUCUCUCCUGGGAAGGAUUUAUUAAGCGGUCACAGGUCUCGUAAAGGUGUCGUGAAGCCGUCCGUGUUAGCCGCUGCUACUGCUGCUGCAGCCGCUAAGGCUCAUGCAGUGCUUGCUGGGGAAAUGGCCCAGCCCAUGGAAUCCAUCGUUGGUGAUUACAGAGGAAGAGCAAUUGUUGCUUACGACGAUCUAUUGUGAAGUGAUUUGAGUAUGUAUAUUUUCGGCAUUGAUCGUGGAAUUGAAGUGCAGAAGAUUGGACGUGGGUUUUUGAAGUGUGGAAGAGGUGUAUUUAUGGAAUGCAACAUACUGUGAAGCUUUCUACGAGCUUGCGCAGGCGACAGCAGAAGAAAUGUCUGCAUGUUUUUUCUGCAGUCAAGAUUUGAAGCCAUUGAUCGUGAACCUAAGCGCUGCCCAAAAAGCCUUCUAGGUCAGACGGGUGGGAAGGAUAGGUAGUAGAAUUUCUAGCCUUGGCCGUCUGGAGAACAAGAGUAAGCACCAAGUUUCCUACUCGUGAAACUGUAUUCCGACAACUUGUAACAAUAUGGAAGUGUUAUUGAUUAUCAGUGGCAAUUUUGAUUAAUUUCUGUCAAUCAGCGACGGGAGAUGAUGUUUUGGACAAUUCAAGUUGCGGUUGACCAAGCACUGUUCAGCUGAGUACUCAUGGUACCAAUAAGCUAUAUUUGGUUAUAUCUAUAGAUAGUGACAUACUGUGCAAUAUGUCGAGCGAGUGAGGAAUCAGUACGGAGUAUACUUGUAGAGUAAAGAAGAUAUGUUACGGUUUUUGCUUUAAAAUUUUGACUGUAUUUCCAGCAUAUUUAACGUGAAUGCAAAGAGACGAAUUUGUUUUUUA